CUUUUUUAUUUUAGUUUUAUUUUUUCUCCUAGAACAGAUAUUAGUAAACUCACCCUGCAAAGAAGUAAAUAAGCACAAACGUACAAACCAGUUUAUCCCUCCCUCUCUCUCUCUCUCUCUUCAAUUUCAUGGGUACGGUUGAGCAUUGAUUAUAAUACGGCUAUCUCUCUCUCUCUCCACUUUCUCUCCGUUUGUGGUAAAUUCUGUCUGUUUGCCUAGUCUUUUUUCUUCCAAGAAAAAAGUUGGUUUUUGGGUCGGCCAUAUCUUUGAGCUUCUCUUCCUGCUCAGUGCUGUUAAUUUGAUUGUGGUGAUUUUGGGAAGCAGUUAUAUGAUUCUGAAAAAUCUGAUGGAAGACAAGCAGUUGGAUUUUUAUCAGCCACUUUUAUCUGUCAGACGAUUUUCAUCAACAGGCGCAACCUCAGAAGCCGAUAACAAACGGAAAAUUGAAAAAUCAGUACCCCAUUUACCACCUCUUCCUGUUUACAAAUCAGAACUAAAGUCAGGUCCAGUGAGGAAUCCUGGAAAGGUUCCUUUUGUGUGGGAGAAAACCCCAGGAAAACCCAGGGAUGAAAGAAAAUCUCAGAUUAAGAUUCCUGAACAGUCUCCGAGUGUUCCAAAACUCCCACCUGGAAGGGUUUCAAAUAAGAAACAUCAAGCUUCAGACAAAGGUUCUAUAAGUACAAGUGUUCCCCAGUCCCCAACUGCAAGUAUCCUUUCUAGUUCCAGAGAUGUCUCAGACCUGGAUAAAAGAAAUGAAACUAAAGAUAAAAGCUCUAUACAGGGAAGAGAGGAGAAUAGUAGUUCUGCUUCAGAGGAUGGUGAGGAGGCCUAUGUAGACGCACUUGAAACACUAUCUAGAUCUGAGUCAUUCUUCAUGAACUGCAGUGUAACAGGUGUGAGUGAAUACGAUGAUCCAGAUGUCAAACCAUCUGGAACUGUCUCAACAGAUCCACAUACUCGGGAUUUUAUGAUUGAUCGAUUUCUGCCAGCAGCAAAAGCAAUGGCUUCAGAAACACCUCAAUAUCCUCCUAGAAGAAAACAGGUUGUGUGGGAGCAACCGAGACAAGUUAAUAAGGUAGUGAAUAGGGAUAAGCAGCCUCCACUUAAUCAAUGCAGGGAAAAUGUUUUGCCUCCUUAUGCGCAGUGUAUAGGUGAGGAAGAAAGUGAAGAUGAAUCUGAUAGCUGUGAAAGCACUGAUAUUUUGUCUGCUAAACUUUGUGGGUUGUUUCCUCGAUUUAGCAUAAAGAGUUCCUUGUGCCUUUUGAAUCCAGUACCAGGGGUGAAAAUGCAGGCUCAGUUCCCUGUUUCUUCAGUCCGUCGAGUGCGUGCCAAAUCUUCAUAUUCUAGCUCUUGCAGUGGGACUAGCACAGAGCAAAUUGAGGAUGUUGUAUCUGAGCAAAGAUUAACUGCUCCACCCCAAACAGCUAAUGACAAUAAAGGAGAGAUUGGAUCGAAAAGUAAAUCCAACAAGAUUGCAGAGAAAAGCGAGUCUCAAAAACUUGAUCGAUCAUCUCUAUAUAGUCAUCUACAAGGGAAUGGCUCAUCACCCUACCAUAAUAAACAUUCCCUAUCCACAUUUCAUGAACAAAAUGAUCUUCUAAAUUCACCAGGGAAGGCAAAGAAUUCCAAGAAUAGUGCCUUUGAUAUCCAUAAAAGUGCGCGGACCAAUUUUCGAAAGUCAGCAAAUGAGAACAACAUUUGGGAAGUUGGCUCUGGGAGUCCAGUGAUUGAGAAGACUCUUUACAUAGAUGCUGUACAUAAAGUGAAUUAUCCAGGCUCAAAGUCAAGUCCCUUGGAUAUGAAAGACUUGACGGAUUGCAGAGGGAAUGACGUUGAGGUCCCUGAAAAAAGUAGUGACACAGAAGACAAGCUGUCACUGGAUUCAUCACUUAAGGAUAUCAGACACUCAAAUGUUGCGAAUCAAAAGGAGACGGUAAGGCCUAAAAGUUUGGACUCUGUUGAUUCCCAUUUCAGAUCUGCUUUUGAUAAAAAAAUCAACAUGAAAAAUAGUUCCAAUCAGGCUGAUCUUACUCAGGAUUCUAUUUCGUUAUGCUGCUCAAAAGUGACCGACUUGGAGAAUUCUAAUUUGGAAAGUCCAAGGUCUGUGAAGUCACGUAAUCAAGAGAGGCGUCUUGGCCUUGUUAAGGAUUCUGUCAUGUUUACAAGCUCAAAAGAAGCUAGCAACAAGAUUGAUUGUAAAAUCCAAGAACAUUUUGGAUUAAAUUAUGAAAAGAACUUUUGUGGCCAUUUUCAGAAUCCUACUACAAUGACAAUCUCAGAAAAGGCUCAUGGCAGGAAGUUUAAUUCAGAAAGACAACGGCUGAUAAAAUCGGGUACUAAAGAAGAUGCAUUAGCCCUUGUUCAAAGUUCUACAUCAAAAGCAAGCAAAACCGAAGUAAUUGAUUUGGAUAGUCCAAGACUUGCGAAUUUAGGUAAUGAUGAGAGUUCUAAUGGCAGCUCUUUGCAAAUGUCACUUGCAUUACCCUUGCCAAAAUCGCCAUCAGAGUCUUGGCUAAAGCGUACCUUGCCUACAAUUUCCUCAAAGAAUUCAUAUUCACAGACUUCACUUGAUGCCCACAUUUGCAAUAGCAGUCCAUUGAGAUCAUCCCUAGACCCAAAGUGGGAGACAAUUGUUAAAACUACUAACCUACAACAUGGGCAUCUGAGAUUUUCCCAGGUAAGUCUAUUCUAUACUAGUUGUCUAUCACUGCUUUAAUUUACUGGUCUACAAACCCUGAGUACUAACAUGAAUACCUAUUUUAUCAGGAAAAUCUCUUUCCUAUCCCAGAAGCUUGAAAAUCUGUAAUCCUUAUCUGCAGUCCGCGUAAAAUAUAAGCUUGGUAAAGCUUUCAAAGCUUAAACUGGUUCAAAGAAGCCAAAUUACAUCUUUUGCUUCGACUUUCAUAAACAUUAAUACUUCAGCUUGUUAUACAGUAAAUAUAAUCAUUAUUAUUAGCUGUAAAUCUAUGUAUUUUCAAGUUGUGAUUAUAUUGUAAAUUUCAUUAAUUUUGUGAAGUCAAAGCUUGCCCCAAGUGCAUUUGCUUUUGUAAUAAGAAGAAAUAAAUGAUGCCUUUUGUGUUGCUCA